AUGGAACUUCUUGACUUAGAUGAAUCCCCAUCAUCAGGAUCUUCGUCCUCAGGCGAUGAAGCAGACUACGAUGCAUCCGAACCACUAAUUUGGACUGCCUAUCCAGUGUCUGUACCAUCUAAUCCGCCUGGUACUAUACUGCCUCCAAAUCUAGUCUAUAAACCAAGUCUUCAAGCCCAGUAUGACCUUAGCGACCUGCAACGAAAACGUCUCUCACGGAUCGAAGAAGCAACCUAUGGUGGUGGAGGAUCGUCUGCUAAUGAAGGAGGAGACAGUGACAGUGAUGAGGUUGUCGCCUUUGAUUUACCUCAUCCGGAGCAGUCUUCUGAUGAACGUCAAUCCGACUCCGGUGUGGUCAUUAUUCCAAAAUACACCUAUCAGUCGUUUAGUCCAGCUUUUCCUGAAUCUACUGUCGCAAAUGAGGAACAAGGCAUAUCUGGGUCCACCUCCCAGUUGCCCGGUCAGAAUAUAUGGGCGUCAACUCAGACAACUAGUUUAGUAGGCAAUUCCAGGGAACCAAUCAGAGAACAAACACAACAGAAUGCGCAAACAGAAUCGGCCAAUCACAUACGAGGUGAUCACGGCGACCGGAAUUUGGAUCUUGGAGGUCAAAUUGGCCUUGAUCAGUGUCUGCCUGCGGUGUACUUUGUAUUAGUAUCUUGUCAAAUUUUUGCGUUUGAUCGAACCGCAUUAGAUCAUGUUCGUGUUCUGUAG